AUGGCUCGCAGAAACCUCACUUCUUCACCUUCACAUUCAGACUCGAAGGAUGAACAGUCUGCAGGUGAUGAUGACGAAGGGCAGCAUAAAGACAACCGUUCAGGUCACUGUUGCUCCUCCACCCCAUCUUCAACACCAAUAGUUUCCACUAUUACUCCACCACCGCCUGUCAUUUCUACUCCAAUCACUACCGCCCCAUUACCACCACCUAUUUUCUCCAACGCAACAAUUACCUCUACACCUAUCAUCACUUCAACCAUAGAUUCUUCUGUCAACGUCAACACAUCUGAUGUGGGGGCGAAGACUGAAGAACCUCCUAAAGUCACCACAGAGCCUCUUUCACCAAAUCCUUCUAAUGAUUCUAAUCCAGUUCUUGGAGGAGCUGAUUUUGAAUUUGAUUCUACAUACUACAGUCCCUACCAAAUUCCCAAUGAGGACGAUGACUCUACUCUGGCAACAAAGUAG